AAAAGCUUGACAAGGUACCAUAUUUGGAAUGGUAAAAUCGAUUCGUUUGUCCUCCCCAGCAAUGGCGCGUCUUUUAAAGAUUUAUAUAAUGGAGUCCACAUCAGAAUAAAAGGAGUAAGACUUACCGCUUCUGCGCAAGGAAGAGUGGAGGUAGGAACUAGCCUUCUUGGUAAUUGGUUAUCGGUUGCUAACAUGAACGGCGGCAUAAAAUUAAAGUCCAAAAAAGUGGAUCUUGAUGUCAAAUUUGUUUGGAAUAAUUUUCAAUUUGUCCCAAUUAUGUCUAUGGAUUCAAACAUCAGGCUCAGUUUUACUGGGAGUUUCAAAGUUUUAGCCAUUGUAAAAUAUAUAAUAGAGAAAAAAGUUGCUCUAAAGAUAGAGAGCGGAGUGGCAAAGAAGCUCAGUGAAUUUGUGAAAAAGAAGAUAAAUCCUCACUUGCUACAACUUAAGCAGAAAAUGAUGUCGGUGGGCAUUCGAAACUAUCCUGUCGAGUGGAUGGUGCAGAACAAUAGUUUGCAUAUGGUGUUUACACCGAAAAGCAAAAACAAUGUUCUGUCAUGGCCAAAGCCAAUAAACGAAAUGGUAUGUCUCAGCGUAAACAUCCUAUACCUUCUUCAUGCGCUUUCUUCACGAAUUCGAAGAGCAGCCACUAAAGAAGUGGAGGUCGUUUGCGUAGCACCCAAGCUUAGCUGUCAAGGAACAAGUUGUUCUAUGUGCACAGAUAUCGAUAUAAGAAGCUAUUCGAACAGUUCUGUAGACAAAUUCCAUAACUGCUUGCCCGCUAUGUAGCUGAUAUAUCUUAUAUAUGAAGCUGAAUAUCUGU